AUGACGUCGUCGUUUUGGAGUCUCUCCUUUGCUGUUCGAUCUCAACCUUCGGUGAGAAAUAGCAUCUGGGUUUUCAUCUUCAACUUGGGUAUGACUGAAGAGGUCUUGGUAGCAGUGAGAGAGAUGGGUAUUGAGGUUUCUACUGAAAUUCAGUGUAUUGAAAUCCCAGCGGUGCUUGAUCAGAGGGCGUGUACUGUGCUGGGUGACUAUGGAGGCGGUGAUAAUUCUUUUUCUUUGUGCGAAGCUUUGCCCUCUGUUGUUGUCGUCGGUGGCCAAGUCUAUCUCUCCCCUCACCGCCUUUGA